AUGGCGCACCUCCUGGGCAGCCAGGCCUGCAUGGACAGCCUGCGCAAAGACCUCACCGACCUGCAGGGCACCAUCGUGGACGUGUUCUCCCGUGCCGGGCCUGUGUGCUUCCCCUCCUGGAAGUUCCCUGACCGCGUGGCCUGCGACCUGGACAUGGUGGCCUUGUUGGAGCACUAUGACCAUGUGCCCAGUGACCCCGAGUUCACGCAGCUAUCCCAUGCUGUGCUGCUGGAGCUGGUCAUUGACAGGCUUCUGCUACUGCUUCAGAGCUGCACGAACUACCUGGAGAACCUGGGCUCGGAGCAGACGGUGCCCCCCACCCAGGCCACAGGGCCCUGCAUGUCUGUGGGGCUGACGGUGCGGCGCUUCUGGAACAGCCUGCUGAGGGUGGGUGUUUUCUACCAGCAGGCAGCUCCCCAGAAAAGGGCACACCAUGGGGAGACGCCCACCUCCAAGCCCACAGCCAAGGGUGAACCAGCCAGGAGUCCUGAACUUGUGACAGCCAAGUUUAUCAAGCCGCCUUCUCCAACACCAGACUUGUCUCAAAUCUGCGAAGAGGCGGACACCAUUCCUACCAGAGUCUCCCAACAGCGCCCAUCCCAAACUGCCAAGAGCACCAGGAGUAUCCACACCCAGACGGUGGAGACGGCCCUGGUGCCCUGUGACGCAUGCACAAGUGUCCAGGGCAGCCUACGGGAGGUGGGCAAGGUGGUCAUCAGCCUGUGUCAGAGCCAGAACCUGCCCUCAUCCUUAGGUCAGUUCCAGCAGCUGGUACAGGACAGCAUGGGGCUCAAGCCAUUGCCGGCCGCCACUGUGGGCCGCUGGGUGGCAGAGCAGAGCAAAGACCUGAUGCGCCUCAGUAAGCAUGUGGGGGCCCUGACGCAGCUGGUCGGGCCCCUCCGAACCCAGCUGGAGGAGGCCGAGGGUCAGAAGGAUGGACUGAGGAAGCAGGUGGGCGAGCUGGAGCAGGCUCUGGAGCAGGAACAGGGGGUACGGCGGCAGCAGGCGGAGGAGGCUGAGCAGCACCUGGCUGAGUGGAAGAGCAACAGGCAGCAGCUGCUUGCAGAAACAAGUGACUUGAAGACAAAGAUGACCAUCCUGGAGGGGGAGCUAAAGCAAAAGCAGGAGUCCAUGCAGGCUGUAGAGGCAAAGGCCCAGCAGCUGUGUGCAGAGGCUGAACUCCGAAUGGCGGCCGAGAGGCAGGUGCAGCAACUGGAGGGGCAGGUGAAGCUGCUGGCAGGGCGGCUGGAUGAGGCCAGCCAGCAGAUCUGUUGGGCCAGCACAGAGUUGGACAAGGAGAAGGCCCGAGUUGACAGCAUGGUCCGUCACCAGGAGUCCCUGCAGACCAAACAGAGAGCGUUGCUGCAGCAGCUAGACAGCCUGGACCAGGAGCGGGAGGAGCUUCAGGGCAGCCUGGCCGAGGCCGAGGCACAACGGGCCCACGUGGAGGAGCAGCUGCAGAGUCUACAGAGCGAGAAGGAACAGGGGCAGUGGGCUACGGACCUGCAGCUGACCAUCUCAGAGCUGGAACGGGAGCUCCUGGAGCUGAAGGAGCGGGAGCGGCUGCUGGUGGCCUUCCCGGACCUGCACAGGCCCCUGGAGAGUCAAAUCCAAAGCUCCGGCAAUGUCACGGACGACAUGGAGAGGCAGGUGCAGGCCAACAACAUUCGCAUCCAGGUGCUGCAGGAAGAGAACGGGCGGCUCCGGGCCAUGUUAUCCAAGAUCAGGGAGGUGGCCCAGCAGGGGGGCCUCCAGCUGAUCCCCCAGGACCAGCUCUGGUGUCCUCUCACCGAGGGAACCCCAAGAACAGUGUACCCAGUCCAGGGCCGGAGAGCCUCCCCAGGGUCCCUGGGCAGGCGGCCACCACCCAGCAGUAGAAAGAGCAGUGCGGGCAGGACCCUGUCAGGCCAGCCCCAAGCAUCCCCACCUCAGCAGCCCAGCAGCCAGCCUAGCAAGUCCCCCCUGGAGGAUGUACCCCACUCAGCCAUCUGCUCCCAGAACCCCAUCCGAGCCUUGGCCAGGCUGAGGAGAAGACUCUCACCUUGUCGGGGCCAGGCAGGCUCUACAUACCAGCCCCAGGAGCGGCCCACGUAG